UCUCUAACAUAAACAAAGAGAAAAAGGAGCAAAAGGAGAAUUUUGCAUUUAAAAUGCAAGAGCUAGAUAUAUUUCGGCGAUGCCUGUUAGAUUUUAAAUAUGUGGAAGAUUUCAAGGAGUUUCGCCAUCGUACCAAUACAAAAAACUUUUUCAAAGCAGAGCGAGUGAAAAAAAGAAACUUGGCGCGUUUCAAUCCAUUUACGGAUUAUCAUGAAAUUAAAUUUAGGCAAAAAUAUCGUUAUACGAAAGAGAAUCUCAGACGUAUUAUAGAAAUAAUCCGAGAUGAUAUGGAAAUCGAGCCAAUCAAGAAGAAUCAAGUGCCCACAGACUUGCAAAUCUUAUCGGCUAUACGAUUUUGGGGAGGCACCGAGCAUCCAAAAUUGACUGCCAUGGCGCAUGGUGUUAGCUUGCAGACAAUGAUAAAAAUAACAAAGCGAGUUGCUGCAGUUUUAUCGUCGAAAGCGUCACGCUAUAUUAGGAUGCCCGCCACACUAUCAGAAAAGGAAAGAAUGAUGCGUUCAUUUGAACAAAUUGGAAAUAUGCCACAAGUGAUUGGAGCAGUUUUACACAAAACUGUGCAGUAUCAACCUGUCAAUGGCAAUUUAACAAUUGCAACACAAACGCAAUUAGACGAUUUUCUUCAUUCGCAAUUAGUUUGCGAUGCGGACUAUAAAAUACGGGAUUUGGAUUUACGUCAACCAGAAGAAUUUUCCAUAAAUACAGCUUCAGAGAUGUUCGCUUUAUCUAGAAUAAAAGAGCGUUUUGAACAGAAUGAGUUUCGUGGGCGCAUUUUACUCGGAAAUGAAAGGCUCAGCUGUUCAUCUUGUCUUUUCACUCCCGUUGCAUAUCCAAAAGAUGAGUCGGAGGAUCUUUAUAACCAUGCCCAUGAUCUUACCUUUGCACCGGCAAGAAAAUGUUUAAAUGUUUGGACGCGACGAUUUGGGGUUUUGAACAGCACACUUUACGGUUCGUUUAAUUCUGCAAAACAAACAAUUACGGCCUUAGCUCUUCUACAUAAUAUGGCAAUGGAGUGGAAGGAUCCUAGCAUAGAUAUGGAUAACACUAUUUCCCAUUGCACACCGACCAUGUCUCCAUCUCUGGAUCAAACAGCACAGGCGGUAGAAGAUCGAAAUAGAAGAAGCUUUAUAAAAACUCAUUUUACAUGCCACAACGUAGAAAAUAAUUUAGUUUAGUUUUCUAUAUAGUUUUAAUACAAGAGAAAAAUAAAUUUUUAA